AUGUGCUUCUUCAAGGAUCGCAGUAAGACACUUGAUAUUAUUAAGCGCGCGGAUGUCGCUGGGUUCAAGGCGGUUGUUGUAUCUGUCGACGUCGCGGCGCUGGGUCUCCGACUCAAUGAAUACCGCAACAACUUCAAGAUGCCUUCUGGUGUCACCAACGUCUUGAUUGCAGACCCACCUGGCGUUCGAAAAAAGCGCCCUGAGUGGGAUCCAUCCGUCACCUGGGACGAUGCUAUCAAGUGGCUGCGAGAGCACACAACGAUGGAGAUCUGGCUUAAAGGGAUCCUGAGCCCCGACGAUAUUUCCCUAGCAAUCCAGCACGAAGUUGACGGGAUUCUCAUCUGGAACCACGGAGGCCGGCAGCUCGACGGCGUUCCAGCGACAUUGGACGCCCUGCGCGAGUGCGCACCAAUCGCCAGGAACAAAAUCAAAUUAGCCGUCGACGGCGGAAUUAGGCGUGGCUCUGACAUCUUCAAGGCUCUUGCUCUGGGUGCUGAUUUCUGCCUGGCCGGUAGACCACCGCUCUGGGGACUUGCCUACAACGGGGCAGAGGGAGUUGAUCUGUCAGUCAAGAUUCUACUUCGGGAGUUUCAAACAUGCAUAGCGCUCUGCGGUUGUAAGACAGUGAGCGACACUUCCAUUGAUCACCUAUCAACGCUGAGCCCAGAUGGAAGGCUUAGCCGCCUCUGA